UGUUGCUAGCUACAUUUUUCUGAUUAAUAUUGAUGUUCAACAAGCUUCUGUACAUAGAAAUAUAGAAUGUAUCAUGAUGAGCUGUUGUGCAUUGGGUGUCAUGUCACCCUUUAAUUGUAAGAGCUAGCUAAUGUCCGCGGCGACGGUCGAAGGUCUUAGUAAGGAAUGAAACACCUGUGCUAGCUAUCCAGCUAAUUUAUCAAAAUAUCCAGCAAGUUGGCACCCAACCCAACGAAGGUACAUUUUGACAGAAUGCGAUGGGGAACUGUUGGGCUUAUUGUUCUGGGAUCUUCAGAAGAGAAGCGAACAGGAUAAAACGAGGAGGCGGGUAAGUGAUACGCCCUUUUAACUAGCGUUGACCAGCCUAGGUUAGCUAGCUAGCUAGACACAAGUAUACAGUGGGUCGGCUGUCAAACAAUACAUCAAUGCAGCGUCAAAACCACCACGGUGCCCAAGGGUUUAUACGUGACACAGUUGCUUGUCAAAUACCUUUCUCUGCUAGCUAGUUAGAUUUUUCAGCAUCAGCAAGCUGAAGCCACAUAGUUUCUAAACCUAGUAUCUACAUACUGUACUAAAGAUGUUUAUAACUAACCCAAGAUAGACCACAGCCUGUCGGUUACAAUGUGAACAAAUGAGUCAUAGUGGGCAGAACAAGCAAGGAGGGGGGCAGAGCCAAGCACGAGCUAGCGAGAUCCUAUUGGUGAGUUCUAGCAUAUUUGCAUAUUUCCGUUAGGGAACGCCUGUGCAGUGCGCCUGUGCCAUAACUAAAUUCGCCCUUGCACUCCUAAACAACGCCAAGAGUAAAGUCUACAAAACUUAGUCCACUCUGUUCUUAACAGAUUUUAGUUUUUGGAUAAUAAAACUGUUUUGAGCUCAAAUGUUUAAUGAUGACAUUUGCAGAAUGUCGGCCAAAAUCCAUCUCGUUCCAUCUUCUCCCACUGCCCGCCGCGGGGCUUCCUCUCACCACCAUAUUUGGUAGUGAGUGGAAACGCCAAGGGAUGCUUCACAUUUAUAUUGUACAUCCGGUGAAAUAUCUGUCUCAUUGUUCUAUCUGUGACUGUACUGUCUAUGCUGAAGCGUUCCCCAUCCUACCCUUCACAUGGGUCUUGCCAUAUGGACACGCAGCAUUUUUGGGAGUGCAUGAUGUAUUUCCUUUUAAUAUUUGAUUAUGCUUUAUUGAAUUCUAAUUUAAACAAAUCCUAAACAUUUGUGUAGGCGGAAGACCCAUUACAUGCUUCCUUAGAGGAAAAAUCACAUUCUGAGUUGACAAAUCAAAGUUUAUUAGUUGCGUACACAGAUUUAAACUGUAGGCUUGAUGUUAUUGAUAUCAGUUAGGCUUUAAUGUUAGUUUUGAUGUCUGGCAGUAUAUAUUAUGUUGAAAGAACUAGCUAUGACAAUCAUGUAAAGUCACAGUGACCAAAAGCAGCCUAAAUGGAUGACAAUAUUGUCACAUUUCUGUCCAUGCAGGUCAAAAUACUUUAGAAGCAGUACUGCUGGGGAACAUUACACAAUAGAGGUAUGGUACUUACAUUUUUCUGGAAGAUGGCAUGUUUCAUCAGGCAUCACUUGGUUGAAAAAAAAGAAAGGUGAUGUAACUAGCUAAUACUGACAUUGCAGUUCUGUCUCCACAGUUUGAAAACCUUGUUGAAAGUGAUGAGGUAAGUGUGAACAUGUAGACCAUAUUUGUUUGAUUGAAACAAUCCCAAAGGGUGAUUAUUGUCUGAAGAUGCACGGAAGACACAAUGAAUGUUGGCAUAUUGUGCAUUUAUCUUUGCCCACUUUUGGUUUGAAGUUGUCUUAUUCUAAUUUCAGGCAGAGAGCCCACAAAGCUGUCCCAGGUAUGUUUUUGAAACUUUGUUUCAGGGGACUGGCAAAUGCAUUUCAGAAGAAUAAUGUUAAUCAGGGCUUGGUGAGUCAAGGUGAGCUUGAGGUAAUCUUUGUUUAAUUUUGAUACCAGGCCUAUCAGCGAAGAUGAGAUCAUCCACCUCAAAGAGCACCGUUAUGCUGCAAUUUCCGAUCAGCAGACCUUGAUAGACGAGAAGCUGCAAGCAGAGGUAGGCAAGCAAACAGUUUCAUCUCCGGCUAUGUAAGGCAUAUAGACAGAGCCUCUGAAAGGGCAGGAUACAUGCAGAUGUAGUUUUACAUAGAACCUUGUUUUAUUUUUGCUUAUUGAUGAUGGAAGGUUUAAUUCAACAGAAUCAUUACACUUCCCAAAUUCUCAUUUAUAAGCUUUGCAGUGCCUUUCAUGUAGCUAGAUAGCUAGUUAAGGUGAUGCUUAGCCUAAGUGCUCAUAGCAGGCUUAUAUUUUAAUUUGGUCCGAUCUUAAUUUUCCAUUAUUUGCUUUGCAAUUUUGGUUUUCUGUUCUCAGCUUUGUGUUCUUUAUGUUUUGUCAUUUCUGCUCAGUUAUUAGCACAAGAGGAGAAGUUAAGGCUAGAAGAGGAGGCUAGAAAUGCUGCCCAGCGUGAGGCCGCCAGGCUGGCACGCAAUCGAAAGAUAAAGGAGGUGAGGCGGCCAUUAUUGAAGUGCGCCUGUCGUCCCUUCACUACCUUGUUCCGCCUCACCCACCUUUUCCUUGGCUCUACCCCUGCUUCUCUUGAUAACCCCUUCAAGUACAUAAUGCCACAUAAACUGGUGGUCAAUCUUUUGUCAAUCUAAAGUAAUGUAGCCUAUGGUAUGUCUCUCUAUAUGAAUUUGUAAAUCGUACCCCCAGGCAAGUGUCCUUUUUAAAGUCAAACUAUCUGAACUGUAAAAACCAGACUCGGUAUUGGGUUUGCAUUUCCCAUUUUUACUUAACUGAGGCAUUUGUCCUCAAAUGAUAUAUCCAUUUACUUCCUUUCCUUUGAUGUUUGUCGAUGCUGUGCUUUUAAAAAUGUUUCAUUCCACUGCUUUUCCCUUGGUUAAAGGACAAGUAAAACAAUUUUAAAAAUCUACAUUUUUGAUAACAUGAACAAAGGCUCUAAAAGCACCCAAAUACGUCCUUUUAGAAACGGCAACGCUCUCAGUGUACUGUAGUAAUGCAGGUCUUUAGAUGUUGUACACAUAAAAUUAUGUAAUUCCUAACUUAAUUGUGUCAUAUCCUCAACGUUAUAUUCCAUUUUGUUGGACUCGAGCGACACUUCUGUGUGCGAAGAUGCACUUGCUUUUUUGUUCCCGUUGUGGUGAUAGAAAGCCUAUGCAUAUUCACACACGGAAAAGUAUCGCUCGAGUCCAACAAAAUGGAAUAUAAUGUUGUGGAUAAAGGUUAUAAUGACACAAUUUCAUGUGUACAACAUCUAAAGACCUGCAACACUAUACUGAGAGCGUUUCCGUUUCUUAAAGGAUGUAUUUGGGUGUUUUUGGAGCCUUUGUUCAUGGUUUAUCUGUGCCCCUGCAACUGCAGAACGGGCAUGAGGAAGUAUUUUGCUGGUGGGGCAAGUUUCUCAAAACCAAGUGAAAUCGCUAGUGUCUGGACGCUUCUAUAACAUGCCAUUUACAUCAAAAAUAGAGAUUUUGUUGACAAAAAGUUAACUUGUCCUUUGAAUUCAAUUUCUGUUUCAUGUGUUUGCCCAGCUGCCACCUUUAAUCAAUUUUAACAGUUGAUUGGAUGCAUUUCACUAACACAUUUUUAAGAGAUCAUUAUUUACCAUUUCGACCAAGUGUUUUUCUGAGGUAUUCCUAUUUUUCAAAGCACCAGCUUGCACAAUGGACAAAAGGCAAGGCGGAAGUCAAAGGUGGCGCAGCCCAUCUGAAAAAGUGAGUAUAUCAACCAAGCAGAAAUGUCUACCACCUCAUAGUCUAUGUGUGUCAAAUUGAGUAAAGUUGACGGUUUCUCCUUCACUGGUUGGAUUCUGUUCUAGGCAUGGCUCAGGUGAAGACUUUGAUGUCUACCUACAGAAUGUGAAAGCCACGUCAGAAGCCUUCAGGAGCAGCAGUGAGUCCGCUAUUUUAGCACAACCAUUUUCCGUAGCCUAUAUAUUAUAGGCCAUGUUUGAUACAGCUCUUCAAAAAUGGUGCAUACCAACAUUCUAUUUUAAGAUAAAUGACUUUCUGUAUCCAUAAAAGGUCAUCCUCAUGCAUCAUUAUGAGACCUCUUGCUCUUUGACACCACCUGUAAUUUGUUUGUGUCAUCAGGGCUGUCCUCUGAGACUAACGUGAUCACUCCCAACACGGAGAGCAGCUGGGACUUCAACACCAAGACCCGCUCCACCAAUGAUGACGGAACCUCACUGGACCUGGAGUGGGAGGACGAGGAAGGUGGGGGCUUGUCUAAUUACUUUACUUAUUGUCCCCUUGGGAAUGUUUUGUCGGUGGUGUUCCAUGAAUUUGCACUACAUUCCCUGAACUUGUACUACUUGUACUGUGCAGUUUCAUUGAACAAGUACAGUAAUUGUCGAAUUCAAACCUCAAAACCACCAGUUGAAUGACCAUGUGAGGUUUAACUCCAUGUAUCAGUGUAUCACGUUGUCCUUGUCAUCAGGGAUGAACCGGGCGGUCCCGGCGUGGGAGAGGUCUAAAACAGAAGAGGAUAUACUCCGAGCGGCAUUCCAGCCGGGCGAAAAGCAGGCGACCAGUGGUCCGGCCUCCGCUUCGGAGGACUCCAACGCCCUGGAAUGGGAGAACGACUUUGUGAGCGCGCACACCGAGGAAAAUGCUGAGGAGAACACAGAGGACUCUGAAUACGAGUGCUUUGUCAACCCCAUAAUGGAUAUGGACACCCCAUCUGAGGAAACAUCACCGCUAGAUAUCACUCCACCGGAGAUUGAGGAGAGAUAGUCCCCAUCGCCAGGGGAACCAGAAUCAAAUCCUAGCGUUAGUCCACCAGCCCAUUGCCUCACCCAAAAGGGAAAUUGAUUUACUACUACACAUACUUCUGUGUCUGCUUGCUCUGAGUGUAUGUGUCAUUAACAUGGGCAUGUCUGCCAAUGUUUCUACAGUGAAGGAAAAAAGUAUUUGAUCCCCUGCUGAUUUUGUAUGUUUGCCCACUGACAAAGACAUGAUCAGUCUAUAAUUUUAAUGGUAGGUUUAUUUGAACAGUGAGAGACAGAAUAACAAUACAAAAAUCCAGAAAAACGCAUGUAAAACAUGUUGAUUUGCAUUUUAAUGAGGGAAAUAAGUAUUUGACCCCUCUGCAAAACAUGACUUAGUACUUGGUGGCAAAACCCUUGUUGGCAAUCAGAGGUCAGACGUUUCUUGUAGUUGGCCACCAGGUUUGCACACAUCUCAGGAGGGAUUUUGUCCCACUCCUCUUUGCAGAUCUUCUCCAAGUCAUUAAGGUUUCGAGGCUGACGUUUGGCAACUCGAACCUUCAGCUCCCUCCACAGAUUUUCUAUGCGAUUAAGGUCUGGAGACUGGCUAGGCCACUCCAGGACCUUAAUGUGCUUCUUCUUGAGCCACUCCUUUGUUGCCUUGGCCGUGUGUUUUGGGUCAUUGUCAUGCUGGAAUACCCAUCCAUGACCCAUUUUCAAUGCCCUGGCUGAGGGGAGGUUUUCACCCAAGAUUUGACGGUACAUGGCCCCGUCCAUCGUCCCUUUGAUGCAGUGAAGUUGUCCUUUCCCCUUAGCAGAAAAACACCCCCAAAGCAUAAUGUUUCCACCUCCAUGUUUGACGGUGGGGAUGGUGUUCUUGGGGUCAUAGGCAGCAUUCCUCCUCCUCCAAACACGGCGAGUUGAGUUGAUGCCAAAGAACUCGAUUUUGGUCUCAUCUGACCACAACACUUUCAUCCAGUUCUCCUCUGAAUCAUUCAGAUGUUCAUUGGCAAAUCUUCAGACGGGCCUGAAUAUGUGCUUUCUUGAGCAGGGGGACCUUGCGGGCGCUGCAGGAUUUCAGUCCUUCACGGCGUAGUGUGUUACCAAUUGUUUUCUUGGUGACUAUGGUCCCAGCUGCCUUGAGAUCAUUGACAAGAUCCUCCCGUGUAGUUGUGGGCUGAUUCCUCACCGUUCUCAUGAUCAUUGCCACUCCACGAGGUGAGAUCUUGCAUGGAGCCCCAGGCCGAGGGAGAUUGACAGUUUUUUGUGUUUCUUCCAUUUGCGAAUAAUCGCACCAACUGUUGUCACCUUCUCACCAACCUGCUUGGCGAUGGUCUUGUAGCCCAUUCCAGCCUUGUGUAGGUCUACAAUCUUGUCCCUGACAUCCUUGGAGAGCUCUUUGGUCUUGGCCAUGGUGGAGAGUUUGGAAUCUGAUUGAUUGAUUGCUUUUGUGGACAGGUGUCUUUUAUACAGGUAACAAACUGAGAUUAGGUGCUCCUAAUCUCAGCUUGUUACCUGUAUAAAAGACAACUGGGAGCCAGAAAACUUUCUGAUUGAGAGGGGGUCUAAUACUUAUUUCCCUCAUUAUAAUGCAAAUCAAUUUAUAACAUUUUUAACAUGCAUUUUUCUGGAUUUUUUUGUUGUUAUUCUGUCUCUCACUGUUCAAAUAAACCUACCAUUAAAAUUAUAGACUGAUCAUUUCUUUGUCAGUGGGCAAACAUACAAAAUCAGCAGGGGAUCAAAUACUUUUUUCCCUCACUGUAUGUACAUACAGGUCAGAUAAAGCUGUGGACAUGCCAGAUUUUCUCUGACCCAUUCGCUGUGUCAAAUAUUGGUUCAUUGGGAAUGUUUGAUGCUACACCUAACCUCAUCAACGUUAUGUGUUUGUCCUCAUUGACUGGUGGGCCAAUUUUUUGAUUUGACAAUCUUCUCUUGUAUGUUAAUGAUUGAGCCUUAGUUGGACUGACAACAUUUUCUUGGAAUCAUGUCACCCAGUGCAUCUUUGAAUCAAGUGCAAUUUGCAGAUCUAGUUUGGUGUGAGUGAUUGGAUUUGUAUUUGUGUGAGGGUUACAGUGUCUUCACAGUUAAAAUUAACUGAAAGCAUAUAGGAACAAAUACGAUAAAAGCAACAACUAGUACUACUUCUAUCAGUGCCUCAAUCACUAGAAAAUAAAACGGGCAAAUAAAUUGUUCAUCUAGUAGUUAGCUGACAAAGAUUGUCCGUUAGCAAGGAUCUUAGCUUGCCGGUUCCCUGGUUUGAAACAUGUAGAGAAACUCUUGAGUGGAGUAUAUCAUAUCAUGUAGCAACUUGUCUGUACAAAGUAUACAUGCAUUGUGCUUGUAUUGGAGAAAUGCAAGCGCUAUCAUUGCUAUUU